AAUAUGUAUAGGAAUAAAUGUCAUGUCUUUUACAAACUUUAGAUAAUAACAAAAAUCAAAUAAUAUGUGUUGUAAGGUUAUUGAAUUCUGAAUUUUAGAUCAGUAAUUUUUGAAAACUAAGUUACAAGUGAAAAUGUUUAGGAUAGAUGAGGUUAAUUUGUUUUGAUAUAGAAAUAUAUACAUGGACUGUAAAAGAAUAGCAAUGACGGUGGUGACGGACACCGUUAACUCCAGCACUUAGGAGGCAGAGGCAGGUGGAUCUCUGUGAGUUUGAGGUCAGCCUGGUCUACAGAGUGACUGGCAGGACAGCCAGGACUGUUACACAGAGAAACCCUGUCUCAAAAAAAAAAAAAAAAAAAAUAGCAAUGGGAUCGUUGCUGUAUGUACAGAAUUUAUGUCUUCUAAUAACCUCUUUUGUUGCUUAUUCAAAAAUGAAGGUUGAGUUAGCCUUUUGAAGAGUACUUUGAGAAAUCUUACAGAUGCAGUCUAUUUGAAAUGAAAACAACAAUAUAAAUAUAUUGUUGAAAAAUAUAAAAGGACAAGACAAUUAAAAGCCAGUCCCUCCUAUCUCAAUAAAAUACAGAUUUAAGGUAUAUCACAAAGUAUUCUUUUCAGAAUGAUGUAGAUAAUGUAAACUAGGUUGGAGAGCACAUUUAUGUCUAGGACUUAAAGAUGAAGUCAUAAGCAUUUUGCCUUGCUUUGCUGUGGUGGCAAGUGUUCCCUUUACUCUUCUGGUCACAGAAAGUUGGUGUCUUCAUAAUACUUGUUUAUUCUGUCUCAGAGCAUGGAAUGUCUAACCUAUGUCUUUUCAGAUACAUGUUACUCAUUGGCUCCUCUGUCCUUUACAUGUUUGGGUUUUGGUUUCCUAGUGUGAACUUAGUAUCAUUUAUUUAAAAUGUUGACUAAGAUUUCCAGUAGUAUGCCAAACUGUUAAUCAUCAAGAUUUUGGUCAGCCUUACUAAUUGCAAAGAAGUUACUCUUCUUUCUUAGAUAACCCUUACUUGAUAAUAACAUUGUUUUGCUUCUGUUAAGUAGUGUCUAGAAGUUUGUAGGUAAAAUGAACUUACCUUUAUUUGAUUUUCCUCGAAAUUUACAUUUAAUGUGCUUUCCUUAUAGAAGGAGCUAAUGAAUGUUAUACUUCCCUGACACCCUAACAUCCUAUACAAAAUUGAUCAGAUGAUUACUACUUCAUAGGUCACUACAAGAAUCUUGACACCUAACAACUCUACUACCAGUAUAGGCCCCUUAAAACAUCCCAACAAACACAUCUAAAGGUUGAAAGUUGAGGCUACUGUUCAAGAUGGUCCAAUAACUGAGACACCAUUUCAAAGGGCAUUGAAUUACCUAUAGAAAACAUCAGAUCUUUGAACAACGGAUGAAUUGACAGUUUACCAGAUCAUAACUACUGCACAGUAUCUCCACUGGCAGACAACUAAUGAUCUUUAAUUACCAAGUAGAUAUAUUGUCAUGCCAACAAAACCAAGUACACAAAGUGUUUCUCCGUUGUAUCACUACCAGUUGAGACCACUGAGAAUCAGUUUGCCUAGAUGAGAACUCUUAUCUUCUUGAGCCAGGUGUGAAGAAAGUUCACUGGUAAGUGACUAACACUUUUCCACAUUGAACUGGUCCUGAGGACUAACAUAUCUUCCUUGUGAGUGAAUAGUGCACAGCAUAAUCUUCAAGGACUGCACAGUGUGGGCCUGAAGCAUACCUUAUAUAUACAAUGGACAGAGAGACAAAUUAAAAUUCAUGAAAAGAUUUUUUUAUUUCUAUUUACCAGUGUUGAAGGUCUAUGUUCUUCUGCCUUAAAUUGUCACCUUUUUCUGGUUCUGUUCUAUUUUGUUCUAAAAAACAAUGGUUUUCAACCUUCCUAAUGCUGAGACCCUUUAAUACAGUUCCUCAUUUUGUGGUGACACCCCCUCACCAUAAACUGAUUUUCAUUGCUACUUCAUAACUGUAAAUUUGCUAUUGUUAUAAAUCAUAAUGUAAAUAUUUUGGGAGAUAGGGGUUUCCCAAAGGGGUUGCUAGCCACAGGUUGAGAACCACUAUUCUAAUGGGUCCCAGAAUUUCAUCUCCUGAUCACUUAACAGAGUCAGAAAGUGAAGAAGAAGAAUGAUGGGAUUUCUCUGAAGAAGAAGGCCCCAUGAUGCCCAACCUAACACCUCUUGAGAGUCUUUCCUGCCAGGUUAAAGACCUUUUAAAAUAUUCUAAAAUGAAACUUUUAGAUCUCAACUCUUGGUUGUGUCAUGCUGAACUCUUAAAACAAAACAAUCCAGUCCACAAACCUCAAAGGACAGGUCUAAGACUCUCCCAUUGUGUCCCCAAACUAGAACCAGUUCCUGAAUGGCCCCCUCUAGCCUCUUGUGGGGUCCUACCUUUUCAAAAGCCCCUUAAAAAUCCCAGCCAGCUCUCUAGACAUCAUGCUGCUCCAGGAACAUUACAGUUUGCCAACGAACAGCUAAUGCGAACAUUGAGUAGAGCCAUGUCCAAACGUGGACAUGUAAAUCAUUUCUCUGACUCUGACAUUUCUUCUUGUCGCUGUGACUGCCUGACAAAGGCAGUUAAAGAAACAGCCUGCACUGAAUUUUUUCACACAUUUCCUACUACUGAUCUCCAGAAGGCAGUUAACAAACUCCUGACUGCUUCAUGA